UGCAGUUUCUUCAGCGUAAACAACAUCACUGCAUUUCGUGUUUUGGAUCCUGCUUCCAGGGCUUUCUCACCUUUCUUACUUCAGGUUCUCCUCCAGUCAGUUCAUCUCCUCUGAAGUGCAGCAGCCAAAAAAGGAUGUAGGACUCCCAAAAAAUCUCCUUGGAAUAUCUGAAGUCCAUAUGGCUAUGUAUGAUGAAGAUAUCUUGAAAAAUCCCUUUUAUUUGGCCAUUCAGAAGCGGCGUCCUGAUCUAUGCAGCAAAGUUGCAGAACUCCAUGGUAUUGUGUUAGUUCCAUGCAAAGGAAGCCUUUCAAGCAACAGUCUUUCUACCUGCCAGUUUGAAUCUUAUGUUCUGAAGCCACUAGAAGAAAAUUUUCAAACCUUAAAUGGAAAGGAGAUCUUCAUACAAGGAAACCUCAUCAUUUUAGGAACUGGUUUUAAUUAUCAUCUCUCGGUACCUGUUCUUUUUGAGGAAACUUUUUACAAUGAAAAAGAAGAAAGCUUUAGUAUAUUGUGCAUAGCUCAUCCAUUGGAAAAAACAGAAAGCUCAAGUGAAUCUACAGCUUCAUCAAACUCCUAUUCUCUUAAAAAUAUUGAAGAUGUUAGAGAAUUCUUGGGAAGGCACUGUGAGAGAUUUGAUAAAUACAUAGGAUCUUUCUAUAGAACAUUUAAAGAACAUGAAAGGAAAAGCCUCCGCCACUACAUAGAUUCUGUCAAUGCACUUUAUACCAAAUGUCUCCAGCAUCUUUUGAGAGAUUCGCACUUGAAGAUGCUUGCAAAGCAAGAGGAGCAGAUGAAUCUGAUUAAACAAGCAGUUGAAAUGUAUAUCCACCAUGCUAUUUAUGAUAUAGUCUUUAAAUAUGUGGGGACUAUUGAGGCAAGUGAGGAUGCUGCCUUUAACAAAAUCACGAGGAGCCUUCAAGACCUGCAGCAAAAAGACAUUGGAGUGAAGCCUGAGUUCAGUUUUAAUAUACCACGUGCAAAGCGAGAACUGGGUCAGCUGAACAAAUGUACUUCCCCUCAACAGAAGCUACUUUGUCUACGAAAAGUGGUACAAAUUAUUAUGCAAUCUCCUAGCCAAAGAGUUAACAUGGAAACCAUGUGUGCAGAUGAUCUUCUCUCUGUUUUGCUGUAUUUACUUGUAAAAACAGAAAUCCCAAACUGGAUGGCCAACUUGAGUUACAUAAAGAACUUCAGGCUUUGCAGUUCAGUGAAGGAUGAAUUGGGAUACUGUCUAACCUCAAUUGAGGCUGCAAUAGAAUACAUACGACAAGGCAACCUCUCUGACAGAUCAACAGAAUCUGAGAGACUGUGUGACAAGCUGCUUUUAAGACAAAGGAUGAACUUGUUGUCCCAGAUGUCUGCUACUCCAAUAGACUGCUUAUUUAAGCAUAUUGCUUCAGGUAAUCAGGAGGAAGUGGAGCGAUUACUAAGUCAAGGUGACAGUGAUAAGGACACUGUACAGAAAAUGUGUCAUCCGCUCUGUUACUGUGACAAAUGUGAGAAGCUAGUUUCUGGGAAACUGAAUGAUCCCUCCAUUAUCACUCCAUUUUCCCGAGAUGACCGGGGAUAUACGCCACUUCAUAUAGCUGCUAUUUGUGGGCAAACAUCAUUAGUGGAUUUACUAGUAGCCAAAGGAGCCAUUGUCAAUGCUACAGAUUACCACGGUUCAACUCCACUUCACCUUGCUUGUCAGAAGGGAUAUCAAAAUGUUACACUUCUCUUAUUGCACUAUAAGGCAAGUACUGAUGUUCAGGACAAUAAUGGAAAUAGUCCACUUCAUUUAGCCUGCACUUAUGGUCAUGAGGAUUGCGUCAAAGCUUUAGUCUACUAUGAUGUGCAUUCCUGUAGACUAGAUAUUGGUAAUGAAAAGGGAGAUACUCCUCUCCAUAUAGCUGCUCGUUGGGGCUAUCAAGGGAUCAUAGAAGUGCUUUUGCAAAAUGGGGCAAAUCCAGAAAUUCAAAACCGGAUGAAAGAGACUUCCCUACAGUGUGCAUUAAAUUCCAAGAUUUUGUCAUUGAUGGAAUUAAACUAUCUAACAUUUGAAAGAGGACAGAGUGCUUCUGAGUCACCGCUUAGGUCUCCUCAGCGCUCAACAGAAACUUUCAGCAGAGGAUCAUCUGUCUCAAGCCUGUCAUCAGCAUCAACUGAUAUAAGGCAAGAAGAAGUAAAAAACAGUUAUAAAGAGGUGGAAAAACUCCUACGAGCAGUUGCUGAUGGAGAUCUGGAAAUGGUACGUUAUCUCUUGGAAUGGAUGGAAGAAGACUUAGAAGAUGAGGACGACACAGCCAGUACAUCAAAACCAGAGUUCUGCCAUCCAUUAUGCCAGUGCUCAAAAUGUGGGCCAGCACAAAAGAAAUUUGCAAGGAUCUCUGCUAAUGGACUUGGAGUAAAUGUUUCAAACCAAGACGGUUUUACACCACUGCAUAUGGCUGCGCUGCAUGGACACUCUGAACUUGUCUCUCUCUUGUUGAAACAUGGAGCCAGUAUCAGUGCCAAGAAUGCAAAACAUGCAGUUCCUCUUCAUCUAGCCUGCCAGAAAGGUCACUUCCAGGUGGUAAAGUGUCUGAUGGGUCACAAUGCUAAACAAAAUAAAAAGGAUAUAUAUGGAAAUACUCCUUUAAUUUAUGCAUGCUUGAAUGGUCAGUAUGAGACUACUGCCUUGUUGUUACAGCAUGGAGCUUCUGUUAACCUUUCUAAUGCCAAAGGAAAUACAGCACUGCACGAGGCCGUGAUAGGAAAGAAUGAAGCCCUGGUAGACUUACUACUUCAGAACGGUGCAAUGACGCACAUAAGGAAUGAAAGGAACCGUACCCCUGCAGACUGUGCUGAGCCGAAUUCAAAUAUCAUUAAGUUGCUGGAAACAGCACCAAGCUAUGUACCUACAUCAGCAGAGAGAGAAAAGGAGUGUGAGCAGCAUGCUACUAUCAAGAUAAGAAAAAAAGUGAAUUCUAAGCCAUGUGAGAAAGCCGAUGAUCCCAUAAGCAGACAACUUCAACUGGUCCAAUCAAUUAACAGAUUUAACAAAGCAAAACAUUUACGGAGAACAAUAACAAGAGAUAAAAGUGUCCCUAAUUUUGACUAUCAGUUACUGCAUCAGUUAGCUAUUAAAAGCUUUGAUAAAACCAAGUUAAAAUCUGUUGAAACGCUGGACCGGAGCACAGUUAAGCUUAUUGACACAGGAUGCAGUGGUGAGUUUGUGAAACAUGAUGACACGAUGGAAGUUCCUCACAGGAGUAAAUUAAUGCACCGAAGACACACUGUUAAUGUGCCACUUUCAGCAGAGAACGUCAGCGAUAAUAGUUUAUCCAGCCCUAGAAAUCCAAGUAUUUCACAACCAAGAGACUGCUGUGAUGACUUCCUUUCAAAACAUUGACAAGGAAGUGUGAAUUUGAUGUCAAAAACUGAGGAACUAGGUGGUGUUAAUUUCAAUAACCCUUCACUGUAUAUCAAAGAAUUCAGUGACGCUUGCAAGCCUGCCUUCAGAACAGAAUACAUGGAUGACUCUUCAGCAGAAACAGAAUGUUCCUAGCACUUUCAAGACUGAAUCCUCUGUUUAUGUUGGAGGUAACUACACAGCCAGAUCAUUACUGAUCUCAACAAACAGGGCCGUACUGAAAUGUAGACAGCAAAAUUACUUUCCUAUUCUACUUAGCACUUAUUAAAAAAUUAUAUGUAACAGUAAACCAAACAAAACUCUGUAUUGUAUUUUUCAGCCACCCACCUUGUUUUUAAAAGUCUUUGAAUAAUUUUUGCAUUUUCAGUUUUUAUCACUACAUUGGAUAAGUAUAUAUAAAUAUAUAUUUAUAUAUAUAAAGAUAUAUUGGAUAACAAGGUAUUUAUUGCCAAAGGUAAUUGAAAUAUCUCUAUUUUUAUUGUAAUGUUACAAACCAUUAUAGUAUAUAUUUCUGUAUAUUUCAGUAGCUGGGAAAACAAUAGUCCAUAACAUCUGUGACACGGCAUUAGAAAUUUAUACAUGCUGUUAAUGUGAAGGGAUGUAGUCCUUGCUAAUUUCUUUGCAAUGCUCCCCUGUAUUGGAUCUGCAAGACUCACGGGAGCCAAGAUACUGGGGAAAAAGUAGAGAGCCCUUGACAAAGCUAAACUUUGGACUCGCUGUUCACAGCCUAAUCAAAAAAAAUAUGCAGAAGCAAGCAUGUAUAAGGACACACAAAAUUGUUUUAAGUUGUGGUUUUUUUUUUUCCUUCCUUCCUCUAAAGCAAGUCAUGCAAAAAUGCACAAAUAUUCAUGUUUCUGAACCUGGGCAACAUCUGCAGACAAAACUGCUUAGGAGCCUGCUCUGGACUACUCUUUAAAAAGGUGAAAUUCCAAUUAUGAAGGUACUUCUCACAUCAGUAAGCAUUUGUUGGAAUAAGCCAAAUAUUACCCCAUUCCUAGAGGUGAUAGCUGAAGAAUUGAAAGCUUGCAAGUAACUAUGAGAUGGCUGCUUAGAUUUGAACUUCAUUUUCUACUGUUUCAGUUAUGGUAGGAGAACGUGUAAAUAGCACAAGCCAGAUUUCUAAGUGCAGUAUUUUUAAUUCUUGGCUUAUCACAUCCAGCUUGCAUUUUAUUUCAUAAACUAUUUGUAUGAAUAAUUCUUUUAACUGUGGUAUUAGUAAACUGCCUGGCAAAGUGCAAAGCUGGAAGACAUACUGGUGAUUUUUUCAAAUAACUUUUUAAUCUAAGAGGUAAAAUGUGCAAUAAGUGCACGAAUGGACAUUUGGAGAUGAGGGUCGUGUUUAUUUUUCUAAUAAUUUAUGAGUUCAUCUGAUUUUCUAAUGUGCCUUGGAUUUGUGCCAAAUGAUGGAAAGAAAAAAACUAGUAAAAUAACUCUUGAAAAUGC